AGCAACAGUCCGAGCGGCUUACAGAAUGACAGUCUGCGGGAGUGAGCUGAGAGUGUGCUCGGAACCCGGCUCUCCUGCCUUCUGGGCUCCAACGCAGCUCCGAGGCUGAACUGGGUGCUCACCACCACGGGUCCGCCGGACUAUGGAAUACAGAUGUGGCAGCACAGGUUUCAAUGUAAUUAGGCUACUGCGAGGAUCAGCUGUAGCAGUGGUUCUAGCACCCACUGUCUUACUGACAAUGCUUUCUUCUGCUGAACGAGGAUGCCCUAAGGGUUGUAGGUGUGAAGGCAAAAUGGUAUACUGUGAGUCUCAGAAACUGCAGGAGAUACCCUCAAGUAUAUCUGCCGGUUGCUUGGGUUUAUCCCUUCGCUACAACAGCCUCCAAAAACUUAAGUAUAAUCAAUUUAAAGGGCUCAAUCAGCUCACCUGGCUCUACCUUGACCACAACCAUAUCAGCAAUAUUGACGAGAAUGCUUUCAAUGGGAUACGCAGACUCAAAGAGUUGAUUCUGAGUUCCAACAGAAUCUCCUAUUUCCUUAACAACACCUUCAGACCUGUGACCAAUUUACGGAACUUGGAUCUGUCCUAUAAUCAGCUCCAUUCUCUGGGAUCUGAACAGUUCCGGGGCUUGAGGAAGCUGCUUAGUUUACACCUCCGCUCCAACUCACUGAGAACCAUCCCGGUGCGGAUCUUCCAAGACUGUCGCAACCUGGAACUUCUGGACCUGGGAUACAACAGGAUCCGAAGUUUAGCCAGGAAUGUCUUUGCUGGCAUGAUCAGACUCAAGGAGCUUCACCUGGAGCACAAUCAAUUUUCCAAGCUCAACCUGGCCCUGUUCCCAAGGCUGGUGAGCCUUCAGAACUUGUACAUGCAGUGGAAUAAAAUCAGUGUCAUAGGACAAACCAUGUCCUGGACCUGGAGUUCCUUACAGAGGCUCGACCUGUCUGGUAAUGAGAUCGAAGCCUUCAGCGGACCCAGUGUCUUCCAGUGCGUUCCCAAUCUGCAACGCCUCAACCUGGAUUCCAACAAGCUCACAUUUAUUGGACAAGAGAUUCUGGAUUCUUGGAUCUCUCUCAAUGACAUCAGUCUGGCUGGGAAUAUAUGGGAAUGCAGCAGGAAUAUCUGUUCCCUGGUAAACUGGCUGAAAAGUUUUAAAGGUCUGAGAGAGAAUACAAUUAUCUGCGCCAGUCCCAAAGAGCUGCAGGGGGUUAACGUGAUCGAUGCGGUGAAGAACUACAGCAUCUGUGGGAAGAGCACUACCACAGAGAGGUUUGACCUGGCCAGGGCCCUCCCCAAGCCCACAUUUAAGCCCAAGCUCCCCAGGCCGAAGCACGAGAGCAAGCCUCCUCUGCCCCCCACGGUGGGAGCUACCGAGCCCAGCCCAGAGACAGAUGUGGACACGGAGCACAUCUCCUUCCAUAAGAUCAUCGCGGGCAGCGUGGCCCUUUUCCUGUCGGUGCUGGUCAUCCUCCUGGUGAUGUAUGUGUCCUGGAAGCGGUACCCCGCGAGCAUGAAGCAGCUGCAGCAGCGCUCCCUCAUGCGAAGGCACCGGAAGAAGAAACGGCAAUCGCUCAAGCAGAUGACUCCAGGCACCCAGGAAUUUUAUGUAGAUUAUAAACCCACCAACACGGAGACCAGCGAAAUGCUGCUGAACGGAACGGGACCCUGCACCUAUAGCAAAUCAGGCUCCAGGGAAUGUGAGAUACCUUUAUCAAUGAAUGUGUCAACCUUUCUGGCAUAUGACCAGCCCACAAUAAGUUACUGUGGGGUCCAUCACGAACUCCUCUCCCAUAAGUCCUUUGAAACGAAUGCACAGGAAGACACGAUGGAAAGCCACCUAGAGACUGAGCUGGACUUGAGCACAAUCACGUCAGCUGGCCGCAUCAGUGACCAUAAACCACAGCUGGCCUGACCGAGCUGAGCAGUUGCCCAGGCUUGCUACUCAACUAUAACCUCAACCGCAGAAAGAGGAGAGGACCUGUUCAUUGCGACUCUUGAGUACAAAACAAAAACAAAACUCCCCUGUUCAAAUAAACAAAAUUCUCAGAUUGGUUCAUGAAAUAAAAGAAGACAUGAAUUGUUUCAAGUCUAUACUUUGUAACUAGCUAAGUUGUGCAGUAUUUUUUUGACUUUGACAGAGAAUGACCCUGAAAAAAAAAUAAUCAUUUUUUUUUCCAAAACUCAUCCUACCUACCUGUAAAAAAAAAAAUUGUACAGCGCUAAUGUAUUUUUCAUAUUAUAAAGUUUCAAUUCUAGGAACAACUGGUAUGUACAGAACAGUAAUUUAAUGAUGCUUUUAUGUUACAAACUUUACACCUUUCAGUUUCUAAAAAUUUUAAAUUAACAAACAUUACUUCUUGUGUUCUUGAGAGUUACUUGGUUUUUGUAGGGGCCGUUUUGUUACUGCAUUUGUGCCCAGAAACCUUGACUCUGAAAUCUGUGCUGUGCGGACAAUGCACGAUUUUUAAUCAUUACCGUGCUUACUGCAUAGGAUUUUAUCUACUUGUUCCAGAGAUAAUACAUUAACCAAAAGAAGGUUUUAAUUGUUCAGAUGUGUGAGAGGUUCUUCAAUUACAUAGACAGGUCUUUCUUAUAAAUGAAAAAAAAAAAUCAGAUUUUUUUUUAAGAGUUCUUCUAAGACUUUAACUGUUGCCUUGAAGUACAGCCUAGUUUCUAAGUGGUGAAAUGUAAUGAUAAAGAGGGAUAUUUUAACAAAAUAUUUCCGAAUGAAUGACUCAUUAUUUCAUUCUUUUGAGUAACCAUUGUUAAAGGUAGGGGAAAGCACGGACCAAGCAUCACUGGAAACAAAGGUCGUAACCACAGCAACAGACUUCUAUACGCUUCAGAGGUGCAGCUAAAGUGACAAAGAAAAACCCCUGAUACAUCUCCCGUUGUCAGGCCAAGGUGGGAGGAUAUGGCGUAAUUGUACAGUAGCAGUUUUUUCUCUUAAUUAACCCAAAGUGGUUUAUCUAAAAAUAACCACGAGUCAGUUCAAACUCUGUGUGGUUCUUAAGGCAAGUUUUCAUCUGGGAGUUGAAACUAUAUUUGGAGAACAUCUUGUAAGAAAAAUAGAGGGUUUUUUCCUUAUUGUGUGCCACAUCUAAGAAAGAACUUUAUACAUCCGGUUCUUUCAGGAUAGAUGUGCUGGAGCAGAGAAAAGCCACUACAGAACAGACAGAACAGACCGUUCCAUUGUGGAUGUUGUUGUUGAUUUGGGGAUUUAGCUACAAAUUAUCCAAAACAAUAACCAAGAGAUGUUGGCCGUCAAUCUAACUCACGUAUUGGUUAUGUGAUUGUGUCUUCAACAGAAUUCAAAUCAGAUAAAGAAAACCUGUUCUUUCUGCAGCUAAAAUGACCACUUGUUUCUGUCAUCUACCUGACAGGUUAUUAUUGGAAAUAUCAAGUUUGUUCAUGGUAAUCCCACAUUCCCUUUUCAGUUUUGUUUUGUCUUGUUUUGUUUUGUUUGUUUUUAAUGAUCAUUUGGAUAUAAAACUGCAACUGUGAAUCGUUAUGUGAGGAGAAACAUUUUUUUCUUCAUGGUUUAACUUUGUAUUCACGACAUCAAAUGCAGAGAAAGAAAACAUCAAUCUAACAGGUCAAACAAUCAAAGUAGCAAAAAAAGUUAGUGUAAAGCAUGGUCAAACUGAAUUUUUUUACCUCCUAAGAAAUACUUUCCAUAUGUAUCUAGUUUUACACAAGUUGAUCACAGCCAACUUUAAGAGUACCACCAGAAAGGAAGAAGCUAAACAUUGUAAGGCAAAUUUCUGUUGAAAGAAAAAGGAAGCAAAAUAUUGAAAGAAGCAAACAUUAAUUUUAAUGUGAUGACAAAUGUCAUUGUACUUGUAUCAAAUAUUUAGCAUUCCAGAGUUUGUAAGAUAUUUUGCAUAAAUUAUUUGCUAUUCAGUAUUUUUGCUAUGUAAGUCUAAUUUUAGUCGUAAUUGUUUUGCAGUUUCUCGUUUCUUUGCAAUGUAUUUUCCGAUUGUUCUUGAUCCCUUACAUUGAGAUUUAGCUCGGAACAACACUUAAACAGGAUUACAAAUUUAUUCUUUGUGAGUCUGGAAUCAGAUGGAGAAUUUUAUUAUAGAAACCAAAAUGUCAUUGGCAACUUUUUCAUUAGAAAUCAUUCUCCCAACGAUUAAAAAAAAAAACAAAACAUUAAUUUGUAAGACUGAGCUACCUUCAAACUUUUCCCAGACACUUUUCAAGUUGACAAAUGACUUUAAAAAAAAAAACCUUAAAGUUUCAAAGGAGCCUUACAAAUGUACAUAAUACCCAUGAUUUCCUGAUCAAAGCACUAAAACCUUUUUUAAUAUAUUAUUUUUACAAAUUCUUUGAGAAUUCUCCUAUGUUCAUACAAUAUAUUCUAAUCAUAUUCACCCUUUAACUUAUCCUCUAACUUUCCUAGACCCAUCCCCACCUGUAUCUCCAGGCCUCUCCCAACCUCAUAUCCUUUUUACAGAUCCAAACUUCUUAGUCCAACUUGUGCUAGUCAUGGACACCUGGGUGAGGCCCUCAACUGGAGCAUGGGUGACCUACCAGAAACCACACUCUUAAAAACAACCCUGAGUUUCCUCCCUAUCCGAUGUUCCUUGAGUUUUUUCAUUUCGUUGACAGGGGACUAUCAGUGGGGCCAAUCACCUUGGGAUUAUCACUGGGAUUAUUCUGUGCCCUCAGCUACGAUAAGAAGCUGACAAGUUACGAACUUUGAGAUCGUUCAUAUUUGGCAUUAAGUCCAGGGGGUCUUUAAAUAA